AUGGCGCUGGACCUACAGCCGCCCGACGGUCGCAAACGGGUCAAGGUUUAUGAGCUGAGGGAUAAUGACUGGUUUGAUCGCGGCACGGGUUUCUGUAGCGGUCAUAUACUAGAGCAAGAGCCCCGAAUAUAUGUCGAGUCGGAAGAUCAACCUAAUCGCGUCUUGUUGGAGACGCGGAUUGGCAAGGAGGAUGGUUAUCAAAAACAGCAAGAGACGUUGAUCGUCUGGACGGAGCCGAGCGGUACGGACAUGGCACUCAGUUUUCAAGAGGCAGAAGGAUGCGCGCAGAUUUGGGACUUUGUGAAUGCCGUUCAACAACAUCUAAGCUUGACUGCGGCUGGUGAGUCCGGUUCUUGGGGUUUCCCAUCUCCCCACCACCCCCUCUACAUAAACGUGUCUAACCCGGUGGGUGCUUGUUUUGCUGGCACAGAUGAUGCUCUUUCCGACGACCUUGAUAAUUACCAAACCAUCGCCCUACCCGCACCGGAACUUCGAAACCUUGGUGAAAUGGAGCAGAUUGUACGAGCAGCGAGUAUGUCACAAGCAGGCCGUGACGCGUUAUCCAAAUUCAUCAUUCGUGAUGAGUAUAUCGCCAAACUCGUUCCUUUGGUAGAGAUGGCCGAGGAUUUGGAGAGCCUGUCUGAUCUGCAUCAUCUCUGCAACAUCAUGAAAUCCCUUAUCCUGCUAAACGAUAACACCAUCAUCGAGACCGUCGUUUCCGAUCAGAUUAUCUUGGGCGUGGUCGGAGCUCUGGAAUACGAUCCCGAAUUCCCAACUCACAAGGCAAACCACCGACAAUACCUCGCAGACCAGUCUCGAUACAAGGAAGUCGUUCCCAUCAAUGACCCGAUUAUUCGCAGGAAGAUCCGGAGUACAUGGCGCCUGCUAUAUCUGAAGGACGUGGUCUUAGCUCGAAUUCUGGACGACCCGACAUUUUCCGUGCUCAAUUCCCUUAUAUUCUUCAACCAGAUGGAAAUCGUGAACCACAUCCAAACAAACACACCUUUCCUUCGAGAGCUCUUUUCCGUUUUCGAUCCCAGAAACACAAACUCCAAGCGCAAGGAUGACGCUGUGCAAUUCUUGCACCAGUGUGCGGGAAUUGCAAAGGGCCUCCAGGUUCCGUCGCGAGCCCAGCUGUUCGCUAAUUUCAUUGCCCACGGCUUGUUCGCAGUCAUUGCCUUCGCGGUGAAACAUCCCAAUCCCGCAAUGCGCACGACAGGCAUUGAUAUCCUGGUAGCAUUGCUGGACCACGAUCCUGUGAUGAUGCGGGGAUAUAUGCUCAAGGCUACACCCCUCACAGAUACCCUGAUUGACUUGCUCCAUGCCGAGACCGACCUUGGAGUCAAAAACCAACUAGCUGAUGCUAUUAAGAUCCUGCUCGACCCCCAGAUACCCCUGCAGGACCCGCUCGCCCGGGCUGGACCCGAUUAUUUCAAAGUCCGACCUCCCAAUUUGCUCUCUGAUGCAUUUGUCCAACAGCAUUUCGAUGAUUCUUCCAAGCGGCUCUUCCAGCCGCUUAAACAACUUGCCAACCGCGCUACCCUUAAUGAUUUGACGUUCCAAGAAGUCACGCUCUACUCGCAUCUUGCUGAUAUUCUCACAUUUUUCGUUCGUCAACAUCUCUUCCGCACACGAAAUGCGAUCCAUAGCGAGUCCCUCGCACCUCGGGUCGCUCAGCUUCUCACGGCCCCUCAAAAACAUUUGAAGCUGGUUGCCCUCAAAUUCUUCCGCACAUUGAUCAGUCUACAAGAUACCUUCUAUCAAGCUUUAAUGACGCAUAACAACACCUUCGGCUUGAUCCUUGAUAUUGUUUAUGAAACAAUGCCUCGUGACAAUCUACUCAACUCCGCCUGUCUGGAGCUCUUUGAGUUCAUCAAACGAGAAAACAUCAAGCCAUUCAUUAUUCAUGUGGUAGAAAAGUACCGGGAGAAGCUCGCGAAUAUCACCUAUGUCGACACGUUUGUGAACUUGAUUCUCCGUUAUGAUCAGAUGCAAGGAUAUGGUGGCGAAGCAGAUCCGUUAUUUGGUCCCGAGGGCAGCAGCACCCCGCGGAGGAUGCCUCUUAAUGGUCAACGUUGGCAGGGUGUGAAGGAAAUGGAUGCUGCCGAAGAAGACUACUUCGGCACAUCCGACGACGAGGAUGAUUGGCCACAGGAGAACCGUGGAGCCCUUGCUGCUGGUACAUCAAAUGGCUCUGCUACUUUGAUGGUCAAGCCACUGGUUGACUACCCCGAAGAUGACGACGAGGAUGUAAUGGACACCAAACCCGAAGCCCUCGCAGAGCAAACACAACCGGCUGAAGGAUCAAGUGCAUCGGACACCACAAGUGAAGCUGGCUCUGAUGUCACGCCUACCUUGUCUACCCAGGCACCUCCACCAGAACGACUGGCCGAGAAGCGUCGACGUGAGGACGAAGAUGAUGAGUUGGUGAAACUUGCUGCGGGAUCCAAGCGUAGAAGUUCUACAAGUAGCAAUUCCAGUGCCGGAAUGCUUAGCCGAAAGAAGAGUUUAUCGAUUGGACCAAUUGGAACACCAGAAAAAGCCGGACCAGGGGUUUUGGCAAGUAUUGGCGCAGCACCGAAGAGAAUCGCCAUCAAUUUGGGACCGGCUAAGCCUGUCACAUCAGAUGCCGACCCACCGUGCACAACAGACUCUCCCGACGAAGCCAACGAGAAGGAGAACCGAGACGAGAGCAAGGGCGAGGGAGAUGCUUGA